AAUAGGUCCAUCCGUGAAAUUUCCUUGCUACUAAAUAUUCCAAGGUCAACUGAAAGUAGUAUUAUAACAAAGUGGAAGCAACUGGGAAGAACAGCAACUCAGCAACAAAGUGGUAUGCCACGUAAAAUGACAGAACGGGGUCAGCGCAUGCUGAAGUGCACAUUGCACAGAAGUCACCAACUGUCUGCAGAGUAAAUAGCUAAAAACCUCCAAACUUCAUGUGGACUUCAUAUAGAGCUUCAUGGAAUGGGUUUCCAUGGCCGAGCAGCUGCAUCCAAGCUUUACAUCCCCACUGCAAUGCAAAGAGUUGGAUGCAGUAGUGUAAAGCACUCUGCCACUGGACUCUA